AACUCGCCGAAAAUAUCUUUGAAUUGUAAGAUCACUGUUGAUCGAUCAUCUCUCAACUCCUGCCUCCAGAAAUUUCGGCAUCUCUUAUCUGAUCAACAACGAACGAGAAAGGUACGCGUUAGUUGCCAUUUCCAAUUGAGUUCCCCGCAAUUCUGUCGUCUUUCUUUCCUUUGUUCGAUUAUUUUGCUGAAGCUUAGUUAGAUUUUUUUCCUUUAUCCACCCUCUCUCCGCAUUGCUUCCUAGUUAUCGAAAUUGUUCUGUGAAUCUUUAGUAAUACAAGAAGGAGAAAAAAAUCCUGGCUUUCGUUUGUUGUUACUUCCUUCCUUUCCUUGGUCCUCCCUCUUGUUGCUUAUUGAUUUCAUCACUUCAAUUAUUUGUGAAUCUGAAUUCACUCAAAUUCAAAGCACACACACCAGAACAACAACAAAAAUCGCCCUUUCUUCGAGUCCUUGUCUUUUCAGUAUUCCUUCGUUUAUUCCGUUUGUGGUCCUUCUUAGUCAUCAUCAAAAGCAAAACAGAGUAGACAAAUGGCAGAAAUAUGUAUUUCAGUUGUGGAAAAAUUAGCAGAGUGCACAGUCUCACCUGUUCUGCGACAGUUUGGUUAUCUGAUUAACUACAAGAGCAAUGUUGAAGAUCUCACCGUGAAGGUUACAACUCUGACUUCCAAAAGAGAUGGGGUACAACAACGUGUGGAAGCAGCAAACAGAAACUUGGAGGCUAUUCUGCCCGAAGUUCAGAACUGGUUGGACCAAGUAAACCAGACCAUACAAGAAAAGGAGACGCGUUUUGAAAAAGGAAGAUUAUCGAAGGCAACAACAUGCUGCAGCUCCAAUGGGUGGUGUCGAAAUCUGAAGGUCCGCCAUUCCUUGAGUAGGAAAGCAACGAAGAUGGCUCCAAAGGUUGAUGUCCUCCUUACAGAAGGAGAUUUCCCCAUAAUAUCAUGUCCUGCUCCUCCGCGGAAGAUUGAAUAUCCAGCCAUACAAUAUUUUGAGGAUUCCACCGAGGCCCCGGCCAAGCCACAUGAAGGGGCGAGCUCCUCCUUAGGAACAUCUAAUCCUGCUAAACCACCUGCACCUAUGGAUCUCUAUGCGCGUCUGCAAUAUAGGUUGCCUUACACAAAGGAUCUCUUGGCGGCUCUGCAAGAUGACAAGAUCAGUAUGAUUGGCAUUUCUGGGACAAUCAGAGAGAUAGAUACAGUAACAACUAAAGAGUUCAUGAAAAGAAUGAAACAAAAAAAGCUCUUUGAAGAGGUUGCCAUGGCAGUUGUGUCCCAGGAUCCAGAAUUGAAACGAAUACAAGGUGAAAUUGCAGAAAUGCUAGACCUGAAAUUGGAGAAUGGGAAUUUGGUUGAACGGGCAGAUAGGCUACGUGCUGUAUUAUUGGCAUCCGAUUCUAAGAGGAUUCUUGUAAUACUGACUGAUGUCUGUGGAAUACUUGAUUUGGAUGCAAUUGGAAUUUCUCAUGUUGAUAUCAAGAAAAGCUGCAAGAUCAUGUUGAUUUCACAACUAUCAAACGUAUUUGGUGAAAUGGGGACUCAGAGCAAUUUCAAAUUGUUGUUACAAUCCACUCCCAUAGCAAGACCCGUUGAGUUUGAAUCAAGAAUUUCAAUCAUCAGAGAUGUAAUGGAUGCUCUGACAGACGAUGAAUCCAACCCCAUUGUAAUCUGUGGCAUGGGGGGAAUUGGCAAAACAACCUUGGUGAUGGAAAUUGGUGCAAAAGCGAGUGAAGUAGAUCUAUUUGAUGAUGUUGCUAUUGCAGAGUUUACUCAAGAACCCGACUUGAUCAAAAUCCAAGGUAAAAUUGCUAAUGCUCUAGGUCUGGAACUUAAAGCAGAGGAUGAUAGAGCAGCCAAGUUACGAGAAAGAUUAUCAAUGGGUAUCAAAAAGGUCCUUAUAAUAUUGGACAAUGUUUGGACACAACUAAAUUUGUGGGAAAUAGGGAUUCCAAUUUCCCGUGAUCCAAAAUGUUGUAAACUUCUAGUAUCAUCACGGAACCAAGAUAUCUUCAAAGAGAUGAAAACCAAAAGAAAUUUCCUCAUUGCUGGUUUGUCAACACAUGAUGCUUGGAGUUUGUUUAAGAAGGUAGCAGGAGGGUCCAUAGAAUUUGAUCUCGAGCUGCGUCCUAUAGCAAAACAGGUUCUGGAUGAAUGUGAUGGCUUACCAGUUGCAAUUUCUACAGUUGGAGGGGCACUACAAGGUGAAAGCAUUCCAAAAUGGAGAAAUGCACUUAGACAACUAAGACAGGCUUGCCCAGAAGACGUUCCAGGAGUCAUAGAGCAUGUGUACGGAAAAAUAGCGUUCAGCUUUGAAUGUCUACCAAGCGAGCAAGCCAAAUCAUGUUUUUUGCUAUGUUGUGCAUUUCCAGAAAGUGAAGAGUUUCCAAUUGAAUGGUUGGUUAUGUUUGGGAUUGGGCUUGGACUUUUUAAAGACAUUGAUUCAAUAUCUGAAGCAAGGGACUACUUAACAACAUUGGUUGACACACUCAAAAAUCGUUCUUUGUUGUUAGAGGACGAUGAGAAAGAUUAUGUUAGAAUGCAUGAUGUGGUGCGUGAUGUAGCCGUGUAUAUAGCCUCCAAAGAGUUGGCACAAAAGAAGAGUGAUAAGCUUGAAAGGAGAUUUAUGUGUAGAGAAGCAGUGGAAUUGAACCAUUUGCUCAAGAGUAGUUCACUGACAACCGGUAUGAGUACUAUUGAGCUUUUAGUGUUGGUACCCACAGAUGGAAUUGAACUGGAGCUGCCGGCCACAAUUUUCGAUGGAAUGGAAAAUCUCAAGGUUUUAGAGAUCUGGAGAUCAAUCCUCCCAUCCCUUUCACUUCUGAAGAAUCUUCAAACGCUCAUUCUAGUGGGUUGCCGUCUCAAUAUUGAUGUCAUUGGAGAGCUACGGUCACUCAUGAUACUCCAUUUACAGGAAUCUGACGUCAAACAGUUGCCUGAUGCAUUCAAAAAUUUAUCUAAUCUGAGGUCGUUAAAUUUGACAGGAUGUACAAAACUUAAAGUAAUCUCACCAGGCGUUCUGUCGAGUUUAUCUCAUCUAGAAGAAUUGUACAUGUGGGAUAGCUUUGAAGAUUGGGUGGUUGAGAAACUGGGCUCAACAGAAACAAUCAAUUGGAUCUCUAAAUUGGAGGUUAAUGCCCAACAAGAAGAAGUAGACAUAUUGAAGAAAUUGGGCUCAACAAAAACAAUCUAUUGGAUCUCUCAAUGGGAAGUUGAUUCCCAACCAGAAGAAGUCGACAUAUGGAAGAAACUCAACAGGUUGGCAGUUGAGAAACUAGCCUCAACAGAAACAACAACUGAUCAGGAGGAUGAUGAUGAGGAUGCAGAUAGUAGCGAAUUAGAGGAACUCGACAACCUUGGAGAUCUGUUUGCAGGGUAUGUUCGAGAUUUAGAAGGAGACUACGACGAUCUCACAAGGUGGGCCAACUCUAUGGACUGGAGAGUUGGAUUACUUUCAGAGCUACUUUCCUUGUCCCGUUUGACUACUUUAGAAGUGGUUUUACCACCAAUUGAGAUUCUGCGAACCAGUAAGCUAUUUCAUAAGCUUGAAAGAUUUAAGAUCUCUAUUGGAUGGGAUGAGCAUGAAGACUUGGAGGACUUAGAGGGUAACUACUUGAGAGUUUAUAGUCUUGAUGGAAGCUCUCUUGCGGAUACUGAAAUCAGUUUGUUGUUGAGGAAAACUAACAAGCUUGAGUUAAAAAUGAAGAAUUUGAGAGACCCUCUCAAUGUCUUAGAUGUAAACUGCUGUGCAAACUUGGAGUCACUUGCCCUCAAAGACUGUGAUUCUCUGGAAUAUCUGAUUGACAUGACUGUUAAACAAGAUACUCCACGAAGCGUCUUUCCUGCAUUGAAUUAUCUGGAAAUCGAUGGAGCAAGGAGACUGAAAGAGAUUUUUCAUGGUGACCUGCCACUGGGGUCGCUUCAGAAACUAGAA